UUGCCAGACGUUCAGGUGUCAACUUGCGGGAAGCCAAGCAGGCAGGGCAGUUUCCCUUCGGAUGAAAGGCCCUGGGGCGCCCACGAAGGAAGGAAGGAAGGGAAACAACCCCCAGCCCAGGAGGGGAGCAAAGGGACUCCGGCUCCCCAGAGUUAGGGAGGGAAGGAGGGAGGGGGGCGUUUCCCAGGCCGAGAGGUGUGGAUCUUCCCUGCGAGAGAAGUUUGCCGGCCAAGCUGCGCCUGGGCUCACGUGACGGGUGACGGGAAGCCCGAAACCAGACCGGGCGCUCGGGCGAGUUGGGCUUCUCCUCCGGGAACCCACGCGGGCUCUUUGGCUUCUUCCCACCGGGGAGGGGACACUCUGCAAGCAGCGCCUUCCGAGUCGGAUGCCCCCCUCUGCCUUGAGCCGGGGCCAUCAUGGACAAGAUCAACAAGAUCACAGUGCCGGCAGGGCAGAAGCUCAGGCAACUUCAAAAGAUAGUACACGAUAUCAAGAAAAAUGACAGUGGGAUAAUGAGCAAGUUCAAAAAGUUCCAAAAUGAACACGUGGCCUUAAUAUGCAAAACUGGAAAAAAUACAUGGGACCGGCUGACAAGCAAACCACCUCCUCCCAGUGUACCACCUGUAGACUACGAAGACGAGGAACAGUGGUCAGAUUUUGAUAGCGAUUAUGAGAAUCCUGAUAACCCCUCUGAUUCUGAGACAUACGUGGUUCCUUCUGAAGAGAACUGUGAUGACAGCUAUGAGCCACCUCCAAGCGAGCAAGAAAAGAAACAACUUCCAGCAGCCUUCUCCUGUUCUGGAGGAGAAUAUGCAGACAAUAAACGGUCAAGCCAACAGAAGCCUUGGCCCGUCUCGAAACCAUUGCCUACACUGCCAAGCCAGUCUUCAUCAACAGUGAAGAAAGCGGCUACUAUGCCGCCACCAUCUGCUGCUCUGAAGCCAAAACUUCCACCGAAGCUAAAUGAUGAUGAGGCAGAUUACGUUAUACCUGUUGAUGAUGAAGAAGAUAAUUAUAUUGAGCCCACCGAAGAAAGCCCACCACAGCCUGAAAAACCCCCAGUGGUGAACAGAUCUAUCAAGCCUACAUCAAAGCCUGAUCCUCCCAGUUCGUCCAUAUUACCUCCCAAGCCUCUGUCUCCUUCUGCAUUAGAUGUCUAUGAAGUUCCUGAAGAAGAGUACUUUUUUUUCCCCCCCAGAAUUUCAAAGCCACUUCCUCCAAAGCCUGUCCAGAGACAGACAGGAGGACCUCCUCAUGAACGCAAUGGAGUUAGGGAAUCCAUUAAACCAGACAGAAAUGUUUUGCCGAUUCCAAGACAGCGUCCACCACCAAAAGAACCAGAUGGCCUGGGAAUGCACAAUGAUGAAAAUCACAACAGCAAAAGUGCUCCAGAAUUCAAGUUUCCAUCCGUUACAAUCCCAUCUCCAUUGCCGAGGAUUGCGAAAAAACUUCCAAACCCAGCAACACUACCGAAACCGACACUCCCUGAGAGAGACCAUCUCAGUAUUAUUGAAGAUAAACCUAUUCCAGCUGAACGUCGAAGGGGUUCCAACCAUGAGCUUCCUCUCCCACCCAUCCCACCUGGCAUCCAAAAGCCGCUGCCGCAGAAGCCACCAACAUUGCCAAGAUCAUCAGAACCAGCAAGUCGCACCUUUGAUGCACCACGCAACGGUAGUUUUACAACAGCAGAACAGGAUGGUAGUGUUUAUGGGAAAACUUGGUAUAUGGCUUCCAGCGAUCGAAAAACAGCUGAAGAUGCAUUAUACAAAUCAAACAAGGAUGGAUCUUUCCUGGUCAGGAAGAGUUCUGGACAAGAUUCAAAGCAACCAUAUACACUAGUUGUGUUCUACAAUAAGAGAGUAUAUAACAUCCCAAUCCGAUUUAUUGAAUCAACAAGACAAUAUGCUUUGGGCAGAGAAAAAAGCGGCGAGGAGCGCUUCGACAGUGUGGCAGAAAUCAUCGAGAAUCAUCAACGGUUUUCUCUUGUUCUCAUUGACAGUCAAAACAACACAAAAGACUCUACCAAACUCAAACAUAUAACCAGAGUUUCAUAACUAUGCACUGAAGAUCCGCCAUCUUCCAAGAAUUUGAGAAUAAGUAUUUCAUGAUGAGCAACUGAAUAUUUAAGUGGAAGAGGUUCUUCCAAAUGCUUUUUACAAGCAAAAUACAUGAUAUAUUGUGGAUUUUAUAAAGGACCAAAGAGUUAUUUGAUACUGAACCUAUCUUACAGCAAAGUAUUGGAGCACUGAGUUAAAAACACCCCAUUCCUGCCAAGUUGCUGCAUACUUGACAUAUACAUUUUAAGAAAGGCAUUCCAGAAUCAGAAAAGAAGUCCAAGUAACCAAUCUAUAUAAAUAAAAAUGUAAUGUUUGUUUGUGGGAUUAACAUAACUCAAAAGCCACUGGACGAAUUGCCAUCAAAUUUGGACACGAUACACCUGCUACCCCAAGGAGUGUCCAUCACUCAAGAAACGUGGAUUUUGUCUUUUGAAAGUUGUAGUUGCUGGGAUUUACAGUUCACCUACAAUCAAAGAGCAUUCUGAACCCCACCAACGAUGGAAUUGAACCAAACUUGGCACACAGGACUCCCACAACCAACAUAAAAUUCUGGAAUGGUUUAGUGGGCAUUGACCUUGAAUUUGGGAGUUGUAGUUCACCUACAUCUGGAGAGUACUGUGAACUCAAACAAUGAUGGAUCUUGACCAAACUUGGCACAAAUACUCCAUAUGCCCAAAUGUGAACACAGAUGGAGUUUGGGGAAAACAGACCUUGACAUCUGGGAGUUGUAGUUGCUGGGAUUUAUAGUUAACCUACAAUCGGAGCAUUCUGAACCCCACCAACGAUAGAAUUGAACCAAACUUGCCACACAGACCCCCAUGACUAACAGAAAAUACUGUGUUUUCUGGUGGUCUUUGGUGACCCUUCUGACACUCCCUCACAACCCUCUCCCAGGAGUCCCAACCCCCAGGUUGAGAAAUACUUCUUGAAGGCCAUCUAGUCCAACUCCCUUCACCAGGGCAAGAAAACAUAAUCAAAGCCCUCCUAACAAGGAGCCACCCAGCCGUAGAUAUAUAUGAUUCACUCACAUACACACACACACACACACACACAUAUAUAUAUGACAGAUAGAACAUCAUAGAUUUGAAAGGGACCCCUAAAGAAGCACAAUAAUAUGUUCCAUGUUCCAGAGUGGGCACACCAGACAACCUCUACAACACUGACAAAGAAACAAGAAGUACUGUUUACUCACAAGCAUAAAGAAAUGACAUAUAUUAGAAACCCACACUUUCUCAUUAUUUUUGAGAUCACCACACUGGGCCACACCAAUGCGUAGCAGGGGACAGCUAGUAUUUAAUAUAUUCAUAAGGCUAUAUUUGCAGUGGCUUUCUGUUCUUGCAAAAGGAAUUCCUUAGUGAAAUUCAGUGGCCAGACUUAGGGUAUGUUUGUCAUUAUUUACCAAGCUAAGUUAUUUUCUGGAACAUUAAUUUUCCAAAGUCGGGCUUUUAAUGUAAUGUGUUUUAUUGGCUUCAGUUGUCUUUGUUGAAACCAUUUGUUGAAACCAUAACAUUUAAAAUACAUAUAUACUG